AUGGAAUAGUAAGCUGCUGCAACUUAAGAGAAAACUCAAAAUUAAACACAAGCACCAUCCACUCAAUAAACCUAGGCUCAACCACAAAAACCAAGAACAGUCCUAUCAGAAAUCAAACUCUAAAUUUUAUUAUUGGAAAAGGCAGUCAGCUCCAAAGACAUCAAAGCAAUUCAAAAAGUAUCCAUCUUCGUUAAAAAGUUCAGAAAUGUAAUACACACUAAUUAAUCCUUAGACUGUCAAGUCUCAUCAUUUGGCCAAGCUCUAUAAUACCUUCUUUCCAAAUGUAGUAGUUUAAUAAGGGAAUGAUAUCGAUGCCAAUUUCAACGAAGAUUUAGGAUUGAAUGCUCAAGUUGUUUAAAAAUUAACUAAAAUAAUUGAAGUGAACGUAUUCAUUCAAUGCCUUUAUCUCAUUUGGCUCUUCUAAUAAAAAUAAUAGGAAUCCUACGAAUAGUUAAUUGUAAUUGGAAAAUAAUUGCUAUAAUAAGUUCAAUAAAAUAACAAGAGAUAUUUAGAUACUCUCUUAGGAGUCAUCUAUGAAUAUUUAUCAAAAUCUCAUGAGAAAUUAGGCAAACUCGACUAAAUAAGAGAGUAAUUAUAUGUCAAUAAUAUUAAAGUGUCUUAUUUGAGGGCUAUAGAAAUGCUUGUUAAAAUAGAGAUGAAAAUGGUUAAGCUAUUUUAGUAAACUUAAUUUUGAGAAACUUCAUUCAUUACAAUUAGUAUGAACAGAGUUACAAUUUCUUAAAAAAGACAGAGUUCCCUGAACACGCUUUUGGAAACUAAUAGGCAAGAUUCUUGUAUUACACUGGACUCAUUCAUGCUAUAAGAGGAGAAUAUCAAGAGGCUUAUAAGAAUCUUACUCAAGCAAGUCAUAAAGCUCCAGAUAAUACAGCCUUUGGAUUUAAGGUUUAGGCUAUCAAAGUGAUUGCUUUAGUAGAAUUGUUACUAGGUAAUGUCCCAAAUAGAGAUACUUUCACUUCUCCUGAAUAUCAAUAGGCACUAUAUCCUUACUAUAGAAUAGUUUCAACAGUCAUCAAAGGUAAUUUAGGAGAAUUUCAAUAAGAAGUAGCAAGAUCAGAAAAUAUAUUGAGAAGAGACAAGCUUUUCAACUUAAUUUAAAGGUAUUUAAUUUAAAUCAUCUAUAACUCUAGACUACCAUAAAUAGUUAUCAAGGCUGGUCUUAGAAGAAUCAACUUAUCCUAUUCUAGAAUUUCAUUAAAUGAUAUUCAUUAAAAACUUAAUCUUCCAGCAUAAUGCAAUGCUGAAUAAGUUGUAGCCAAAGCCAUAAGAGAUGGCACUUUAGCCGCUAUUAUCGAUCACGAAAAUUAGAUAGUUAUAACUAAAGAAACUAACGAUCUUUACGGAACUAAAGCUCCGUAAGAAGCUUAUGGAGAGAGAAUCAAUAAUUGCUUAGGACUAUACAAUCAAGCUGUUAAGGUAUAUAUUGCGUAUAAUUAUUAGGCUUUAUAAUAUUAAAAUCCUGAAUAUGAUUAUGGAGAAAAGUAAGCUGAUGAUGAAUUAACAACUGAUGAAUUAUUAAGUUUAGCUGAGCUUGAAUUUUGAGUAGCAUAAAAAUGUAUAAGCACC